AUGACCUUUAUGGGCGCCGUUUUCAACCUGCUGGUGUCGCUGCCGAUACUGGGGCUGGUCUCCAUUCCACUGGUUAUAUCAGCCUGGAUUACCAUCACUCUAGCGUUGAUCACUUUGCUUGUGCAAUUUUCCGUGGUCUACUUGGAAGUGGGAUAUGGUCUUGUCGUCAGUUUCUUUACGCUUCCAACUUCGAGUUUGUCAUUUUUGCCAUUUGCGGCCUCUGAGCCCGUGACGCCUGCUGCUGGGAAUUCGAGGCGUAAUUCGGCGCAUGGCCUGAUUCAAUCUCGAAAGAACAAUGAUGACUCCCUCUUGUCCGGGUCGUUCACCGGGAUCUAUGAUGAACCCACGAGGCAUGGGAAGAAAAAUUAUGCUCGGAGUAUGAUCGAGGCGCAUCACUUGCCAACCAUGCCGUUCCUGGGUCUACCAGUCAGCGGCGAUGAGCGACGAGACUUUGAAGGCGUGGGAGGUUGGCGCUCAUAUCGGAAUCCAUCACAAGUUUCAAGACCUCGAACCUCUCAUUCAGCACAAGAAAAGCCAUUCAGCUCCCCAUCAUCUUCAUCUGCACAUAGUGUCAACGGCGAGGUCGAACUAGAGCGUGAUGUCGACGCUGAUGAACUUGCAUGGCUAUCAUUGAACUAUCGCCUGGAACUACCAUCACAAGUUGUAACACUAGGGGCUGGGUCUAAUGCACCUUCUAAUGGGCAUAGUCCGACUAACGGGGAUUUCAUCGAUCCUCGCAAUGGAGGCUCCUUCCAAGCAUUAGCUUCUUCAACUUCCCGAUUCCAAAACACAAAUUCCCAACAUCGCCCUGGCCCGCGACAUCACCACCGCUCUCACACAACCUCAGCACUUACAACCUUCGAACGCCGCACAGGCGGUGGUCUCUCCAUUGCACUCUCAACUCGGCCAGAUCACACGAAUCGUGCACUAUCACCCUCCGCCUCUCGAGUCGCACCAUUCAUGACUCCACAACCCUACUCACCCACACAAACACGCCAAUCCACACGCAUGCUGCCCAGUGGUACAAAUCACUCAAAUGCCUAUCUCUCCAGCUCCGCAGACGCCGCAAGCUCUGGCUUCCUCGGGGGCAGUGGUGGAAGUUUCGGAUCAGGAAGUGGUGGGUACUUUGCUCUGCAGCGGCCGGGCAAUGGGAGUCAUUAUAUGCCUCCACUUUCGGCGAUAGACACGCCUAGCCGGAGUGGGUCUACGACUCCGGGGACGGGUGUGUCGAAUGAGGAUCGGGAUGCUUCGUCUCUGGGGUUCACGCGGCUGAUGGCUCAUUAUCCUACUAGUGUGAGACAUCGGAGACGGAGUAUUGCCGGUCCUCAUUCGAGGGUGAGCACUAUUGGUGAACAUACUGGUGAUGCUUGA